GUCCAGCUCGGAGAGGAGAUUGUACCAUAUCCCGUAAACGCUGCCUGUUAACGUUGAUUUGUGGUGGGGAUUAUUACAAGGAUGGCUGAGUGAGUGAAUGCAGUUGACUCAAGUGAACAGAAGGAGAAACAGGAAAGACAAUCGAGUCACAUUGCAAGUCGGAACUCUCCACAACCAUGAGUCUAACUUUUGUAUUAUCUGCUAUUAUUUUCACGCUUCUCGCUAUUGUGGUCGCAACGUCGUUAUUUAACGGCUCUUCUACAGCCGACUUUGCAAACGCACGGAGUUAUUUCGGUGCAGCCGGAGGAUUAGAUCAAUCGGGGCCGAAGCAGAAUGGCUAUUUACCCGAGAAGAAGAAGAAGAAGAAGGCAGCGGAUGACUGGUGUGAGAUCAGCGGGAGCUCACACGAUCACUGGGAUGUAGUGAAAUCUGUGCUUUCAGAGGAGGCACACCCCCAACCUCUCACUGAAGAACUGGCAACACCAGUUGAACACUCCUCCUCCACAUCCAGCCUGUCCGUCCCCAGGCCUGGAUCUAGGCAUAUGAGCUUAGAGACUGAAGGAGCCACAGAGAGCCCGGGGAUCAACGAUAAGGUGGAAUCAAAUGCAAACAAUUCCUUGAAGUACGUCCCUGGAAAGGCGCGAUCCCACCACUUGCAAAUGAUGAUGUCCAAAGAUGAGCUGGAGGAGGAGCAGAGGGUGCAACGGGAGCAGCUGGCUGCCAUCUUCCAGCUGCUACACGAUAACAAGGAGACGUUUGGGGAGGUGUCGGAGGGAGACAUGGAGGAGCAGCUCAGACUCUACUCCAUCUGAGACUCCUCUCUGACUCAGCUCUUUGCCUUGCCAUCCACCCUCUGACUGCGCUCUUUUACCUGUGAGCGCGACUGACGGACCUCUUCAACAGAGCUGUACAAUACACUCAACAGCUACUCUCAAUUGUGUUCCUUUUUUUUUUUGUUUCUUGUGGGUUUUUUGUUUUUUGUUGUUUUUGCUUCCAUCCCCUGUCAUUCAAACUGCAGUCCACAUGAAGACCAAAGGAAACACCAGCCCAGAGCAGGACUUUAUAACUACCAAAUUGCAAAUAAGGACCAAAAGAGAUAAAAGACUAUCAUUAUGUCUAUUAGUUUUAUAUUAUAAUAAAAAUGUUAAUUUAUUACAAAACUUUUUUUUAAAAACUCAACUUUAUCUUCACUUAACUUCUGUAACAGGUAUAAACCCCUGCAAGUUAUCGCUGCAUAACUUCCACUCUGUUGUGCAAUAAACCACUUUAUGUACUAUUGUGAAUGUGCAUGACUGGUUCCUGGUCUAUGAUACAUUUCUGUAACAGGAAACUGAGCGGUAGCCCUACCCAUUCAACCUCGGUGACAAGGUGUGAAACACUCUUGGGUGGCUUUCCCACCUGGGUACAAAUAUAAGAGGGAAAGCAAACACUCAUCUGUGUCUAAUUGAACAGCAAAGACACCAAAUUAGAGGGAUGGCAGUCCAAACCCACAGGAUUUAUUUUUGGCUGCUUGUGAUGUCGGUCAGCAUUUUACUAUUGAUCUUAUCAUGGGACUAUUUGUCUCUGAAAUGCAUCAGGUAAGUUGUAUUUGUAUUUUAUAUCUAGAGAAACAUGAAAGAUAAAGAAGGGAGUGUUUUAAUCUGUUAUCAUUUGUUGUAAAUUAGUUAAAGAAAUGUGUAGCAGCACAU